UCUCUCUCUCUCGGACUGUGUGCGCAGUAAAAUGGCAGCAGCAGGAGAUCUACUGGAUCAGGAACAGUUCAGCUGUUCAAUCUGUCUGGAUCUACUGAAGGAUCCGGUGACUAUUCCCUGUGGACACAGUUACUGUAUGGGCUGUAUUAAGGGCUGCUGGGAUCAGGGUGAUCAAACUGGUGUCUACAGCUGUCCCCAGUGCAGACAGACCUUCGACCCAAGGCCUAUUCUGGGCAGAAACACCAUGCUGUCUGAAGUGGUGGAGAAACUGAAGAAGACAGGACUCCAAGCUGCUCCUCCUGCUCACUGUUACGCUGGACCUGGAGACGUGGCGUGUGAUUUCUGCACUGGGAGAAAGCACAAAGCCGUCAAGUCCUGUCUGGAGUGCUUGGCCUCUUACUGUGAAACUGAUCUAAUCCUUCAUGAUAAACUCAAUCGAGGAAAGUCUCACAAACUGAUUGAUGCCACAGAAAAACUACAGGAGAAGAUCUGCUCCCAUCAUGACAAACUGCUGGAGGUUUACUGCCGUACUGAUCAGCAGUGUGUCUGUCUGCUGUGUGUGAUGGAUGAACACAGAGGCCACGAUACAGUCUCAGCUGCAGCAGAAAGGACUGAGAAACAGAAGCAGCUGGGGGAGACACAGAGGAAAUUCCAGCAGAGAAUCCAGGAGAGAGAGAAGGAGCUGCAGGAUCUGAGACAGGCUGUGGAGUCGCUCACGCGCUCUGCACAGGCAGCAGUGGAGGACAGCGAGAGGAUCUUUACUGAGCUGAUCUGCUCCAUUGAGAGAAGGCGUUCUGAGGUGAAAGAGCUGAUCAGAGAUCAGGAGAAGGCUGCAGUGAGUCAGGCUGAAGGAGUCAUGGAGCGACUGGAGCAGGAGAUUGCUGAGCUGAGGAGGAGAGAUGCUGAGAUGGAGCAGCUUUCACACACAGAGGAUCACAUCCAUUUCCUCCAGAGCUAUCAGUCUCUCUGUGUCCCUCCUGGAUGUGGAGACUUACCCAGCAUGACUGUGGAUCCACACGUCUCUUUUGAAUCGGUGCAGAAAUCUGCCUCUGAGCUGAAAGAGCGACUGGGGGACGUCUGCAAGGAGGAACUGGUGCAGAUCUUACAAAGGGUGAAAGAAGUCUAUGCAGUACAGCCUCCAGAGCCCCGGACCAGAGCAGAGCUCCUACAAUAUGGCUGCCAGCUCACACUGGACCCAAAUACAGCACAUACCGAGCUUCUUCUGUCUGAGGGGAACCAAACUGCAGAACGAGGGCCAGUUCAGCCGUACCCGGAUCUCCCAGAGAGAUUUGACUUCUGGCGUCAGAUUUUAUGCAGAGAGGGUCUGUCUGGACGCUGCUACUGGGAAGCUGAGUGGAGUGGGGAUGAGGGUUUUAUAGUGGUCUCAUAUAAAGGGAUCAACAGGAAAGGAAAGCAGGAUGACUUUAUCUUUGGACACAAUAACAAAUCUUGGGGAUUGUCUUGUAGUGCCUCUAAUUACCUUUUCCUCCAUGAUAAGAAGAGCAUGAAAAUUCCUGUCUCCCCCUCCUCCUCCAGAAUAGGAGUGUACCUGGAUCACAGGGCAGGAACUCUGUCCUUCUACAGCGUCUCUGACACAAUGACCCUCCUCCACAGAGUCCGGACCACAUUCACUCAGCCCCUCUAUGCUGGGUUCUGCAUUACAAAUACCACUGACCUGGUCAAAUUCAGUCAGUCCCUGCAUCUGAGGUUUGCGGUUUAAAAUGAGUGAAUGCCUCCACAGUGGGGGACAGAGAUUGAACAGACAUUUAAAUGUAUGCCAUGUGAAUUGUUCUGGAUCAGAGGGCCUUUUAGUUUCAGCGAGCAAAUGAAAUGUCAUGAAAUGACUGUGUGCUUUACUAAAAGACAGCAUUCAUGUGUAAGACAAAGAUCAGUAGUAAUUUCAGUGGGCCAGACUCAUGUAUUAAUGUUUUGUGUACAUGGUGUGCAUAUAACCAAAAUGAGGAAC